AUGGCUCCCAAGUUUUACAGGCCUAUCGAUUUUGUAGGUGAGUCUGUUGUUCCACCCGAAACAGGCUCUGUACUUUCCUCUGAUGCUAAAGAAGCAGCACCAUCGCACGAUGGGAAAGGCUCUUUCAGCGAGCGUGCAACAGAAAUAAUUGGCGAUAACCAGUUGCUGGAUGGCAUUUCGGUAAGAUCUCCAGUUUAUCUGACGAGUUGGUUCAAUCUGUGGCGGACAAGUUUGGCCAGCACCGUAAGCAAAGUGGGUGCUACGAUAGAUGAAAAAUCCAGUAAAUAUUACCACCAUGAAAAACGACUCACGACUACCGUUGCAAACCUGCAUUCCGACCCAAGAGAAGAAUUGCUUCCUGGCCUGACGUAUACUUUGGUAGCAGCAAUGUCUGGUUCGGUGCUCACAAGAAACAAAAACGUGUUGGCAAGGUUGACAGCACCUUUAGUGCUUGGGACACUAUGCUACUCGUACGUCCUCCCCACGACCGCCUCCAACACUUUCAGCUUGCUGUUCGACCUCGAGAAACAGGCUUUCCCCUCCGUUGCUGCACAUCAACUAAGCCUUUAUACUAAGUGUCAAAACAGCCUACAGAAGACUGUUACUUUCACAGAAAAUACAGCCAAGGCAGUUUCGGGAACUUUUGACAAAGCUGCACAUUUGGUGAAGGAGUGGACCGGACUCAAUGUAUAA